UGAGCGCGUAAAGGAGCCGGGUGGCAGGCGGGCAUUGGUGCCAGGAGGCAGCUCACUCUCCAGCGACCAAUGACCACCAGCUCCAGAGCUCGAGCUCAGUGCGCACUGCUUAGAGCACCACGCGCUCAGGCACCCCUUUCUCUCUCUCUCUCUCUCUCUCUCUCUCUCUCUCUCUCAUCUGGAGCUUUCUCUCCUCUCUGGACAGCAACCAUCACAGCCAGCCAGCCAUCGCCACUCAUCAGGCGCGCGCAUGACAGACAGCAGCUCUGUGGGGGCGUGAAGGAAGGGUAGAGAGCGAGCGCGCAAAAGACCCGCAAACUUCUUUCUCAGUGGCAUGAUGAGGCGCGCGCGAGCCGCUGCAGACGCGCACUGCAUCUCUGCGUUUUGACGCAUCUGCUCGAGCAAAGAUAAAGAGGAAAAAACAACGCAAGAGUCAACACGGACAGCAGCAGGAGAAGAAGCGGCAGCAGGAGCAGAAUCAGCAGCAUGCCCCACGCACGCGCCAGGAACCCCAGCCCCAUCCCAGAGGUAACAUGGGACACGGGGCUAAAGGAAAUGAACGAGACCUGGAAAGGGGCUAUCGCGUGUCUCGGCGUGGCCAUCUUCUUUGUCAUGACCAUCGGGAUCAUUUACUGGCAAGUGGUCGACCAGCCCAACAAGAACUGGAUCCUGAAGGGGGGCUUCAGUGGACUGAUCUGGGAGCGCAGGGCGCACUCCCUGCUCAUCCAGACGCUGAGCGAGGACAAGACCUUCGUGGAGAUCGACGUGGGCAACGUGGGCAACCCGGACAUGGAGGUGCCCUUCGUGCGCAACCUGUGCUGGCUCAACAAGACCGAGUUCUGCUACACGUGGGACUCGGUGGCCGAGGUGAAGAUAUCUUUGGAAAUAGCUGACGAGUCAGAGACCGAGUGCUACAGUAUGACCUGGACCCCGGUUCACUGCCAUGUAGAGCUGAAGGACUGCUUCUCCAUGGUGAACGUCUCAUGGUAUGGUGGGGCCAGUGUUCACUCCCCCAGCUGGCCGAUAAAUGAUGAGGAUGUUUCGAUGCAGCCCUUCAGAGUCAGUGACCUGAGGGACAACCCAGCUGGCUUCGGUUCAGUCCUAGAGCGCUACUUUCUGGGCUCAUCAGGUGUGGCAGUUCUGGUGGCCCCACACAUCCCGCUGCACGUUGGAGUGCAGAGCAGGCAGCAGUUCUGUCUUCAGACGGCCCCCAGUAUGGAGCGAAUGCCCCUGCAGUACACCGUCUGUGUCGGCCAAAACAUCAGUGCUGUCCAUCAAGAGGCAAUACAACAGCUCAACAUGCCCUACAGAGAACUGCCCAAGAUGAAUGUCUUACGGUUGCCUUUCUGGAAGCUUCCAGCAAAUGUGGACUCAGGGGUGAAGGUUGAGAAGGAGCUGAGAACCUUCUCUAACCGGUUGAAGAGGCACCACCUAGGGGAGGGGAUCAUCAGCCUUGACGAACAUUCCACGUCUCUCCUCUCCAACAUGGACCAUGACUACCUCAGUGGCAGGAGAAGGACGUCGAAGAGACAGACCAGGGACCUCCCUUUUGUGAAGCUUCUGAACAUUUCCGUUACUCUGUCCCCGUACUUGAGUGUGGACACGCGACAGUUCCAGACCUCCAUGCAGGACGGAACGCAGGAUUACUGGCUCAGCCUGCCCUCCGGCCCUUCAGCUCGACUGGUUCCUCUGUUAACUCAGUGGAGAGGAAAGUAUUGUGUCAAGCUGAACAUCACUAACCCAAAGGCCGUGAACUGGUUCUUGGAGAGAGUGGGCAGCCUGCACAGUCGCCUGGGCAUGGAAUAUAUUAUCCUGGAGGGGGGAGAGGGAAACCCCUUUGAGGAACAGGCCCUGCGGCCCCCGCCUGCACUGGCAGGAGAUGAAUAUGUUGGGUUAUUGGCGGGACUUGCUGAAAGGAUAGGGGACAAUGCCAUUGUGAGUGCAGGGACGAGGUCCAGCCAUAAGCCUUUGUUCAUCCAUAUGAGUGCACUGCAGUCUGACUGGAGCUAUGCUGGUCUUAAAGGCAUCAUUCCCUCCUUGCUGCAUUACAGCCUGCUGGGCUACAAUUUCUUCAUUCCCGAUGCCGUAGGAGGCUCUCUCUCCAGUGAGCCAAUCGCAGAUGAUGAGCUCUUCAUUCGUUGGCUGGGAAUCGUGGCCUUUCUGCCUGUUCUCAGUUUCCAGACACCUCCAUGGGCAUUUGAAGAUGAUAAGGUUCUUAACCUCACCACAGUCUACAUAGCGAAGCACCAGGACUUUGUGGUUCCACUAAUAGAGAAAUAUGCAGAAGAGUGGCAGGCCAGCGGAAACCCCAUCUACCGUCCUCUGUGGUGGGUCAGUCCCGAAGAUCCAGCCACGUUUAGUAUUGAUGAUGAGUUUCUCAUUGGAGAUGAGGUCCUCGUUGCACCAGUGACUGAAAAAGGAGCCUCACAGAGAGACAUUUACCUGCCAAAAAGUGACUUUCAGUGGGAGGACACGAACAACGCUAAAGUGUUUGAUGGAGGGACGCUUCUCCAGGGCUACCCUGCCGAACUUGGGGAGGUUCCUGUAUUUGUACGAAAGACGUCCUGAGGCCGCGCUGACUGCCUAUCAUAAAGCUGAUUUUUCUAUUUUUGAUUUCUUCACUUGUGCUGAUCUCCAGUUGCACUUUCCACAAAGACCACUUUCUGUGUCUCGAGGCACCGUCUUGAGAUUAGGUACAAGAUGAUUUGAUACUUUUGCACUUUACAAAUCAAAAUGAUUUAUACCUUCUCGUGAUUUUUGAUCUGUUUUGUUUUAGUCAUCUGCUAUAUGUUUUGUAAAUUUUUUUUAUUUAUGUUUUGUUAUUUCUUAGAGCUGUGGUUUACACUUGAGAAACUCUUACAGCCUUAAACGUUUUCCACCUCGCAUAAAAUGAGGAGUGAGAAAUUUGCUUAAAAACUUUAUUUUUUUUUUUCGAAAGAAGACCAAACAGUCAGUGAAAAAAAGAGACUUCCUGCCAAGGAAGACCCUGUGAAGAAGAAGCUUGACGCUGAUGUCAGAAAGAGUAGGAGCGUCACGUAAUAUUGCAGACUUUUCACUCGGACUUUGCUGAUUAUUUUGAUAAGAUAACUGUACCUCAAAUCUGUUGUACUUUUUGUUGAAUGGGGGAUAAGUUGGAGUGACUCUCUAUAGCCCAACAUACACUCAAACUUACUGCAAGUCAAAUAGAAGGUAAAGGAAUAGUUCAGUAAAAAAAAAAUAUAUAUAUAUUUAAACAGUUUUACCUUUACCAUGUUUGAUGACUGAGGAUCACUUCAAAAGUCUUGCACUGGAGAAGGAUAAUGUAAUAUAAUUACUGUGUUACUCAUAAUAUCUUUUAUAAAUCUUUUUAUAUUAGCACUUCCAGCUUAACAGAACACACAUUAGAUAGAAAGAAAACUACAACCUCCUCCACCUUGACCCAACAGUGGCAGCUAAGGAAAAACCCUGAGUAUUGAACCCACAACCCUGUGAUAAAUUACCCAGAGCACCACUGCCUCAGUUUGUUUGUUUGUUUGUUUAGACAUAGUAAGAAAAAAACAUUUUGUUCCCCAAAGAACCAUGUUACAUCACUUUUACAUCAAUGAACAUUUUAUUGAAAGUUCUUUAUGCUUACACAAACAACAAACCAAAAUUGGCUUUACAAUUUUAUGGUAUCACUUAAACUUUUGUAAAACAAUUUUAGCACAUUUUAUAGAAAAUUGUUAAAUGAAUCCCCCAUUUUUUUUUUUUGCACCUCUUGCAUACUUCAAGCUAAAAAUCAUGGAAGCAAUGUUUGGAUAUCAAACACUUCUGGCGGAUUAACUGUUUUGGGAUAAAUUUAAAUGUUUUUUGGUAAACUGUUCUUUUAAUAGUCAAAUGUGGUGCACAGUGCACAGCCUUGAGUAACUCUAUAGGCAAGGUAUGAGUAUAAGAGAUGACCACCACUUAUGGUAUAAGAUGGUUCAUCUCCAGGAUCUAUAAAGCUGCACAGUCUUACAAUGGGAUGCUGUCUAAAUGUAGUUUUUCAGAUACGUUUGUCUUGGACUGUUUCAUUUGUCCAGCUGUCACUUCAAUACUUUUUUUAUGUUUUCAAAGUGAUUUGUAACAUUUUAAUAUUGUAGAUUAUUGAGAUCAAACAAGAACUGUAUGAUAUUCUUGGUAAUUACUAAAAAAUACUAAAAAAAAAAAACAAGACAAAAAUCAUUUUGUAUUCACACAUCUACACACAACUACAGGAUGUAAUAAGUUUUCUUAUGAAUCUUAAUUCAUGUCAAUAAGGCUGAUUACUACGGGACUACAGCAAUUGUUAAUUACUGAUUUGCCAGUAAUACAGGGGAACACAGAGAUACAAGAGCUUUUAUAUAAUGCCAAAUGAUGUACACUAUGGGUGCAAUAUUGCCUCAAUACUCAUAACCUUUAUGCUUCUGCACACUUGAGUCCUCUGCACUUGAGUUUAUGAGGGGAUUAGUAGGAGCCCAGCAUUUGGUCUUUAAGUCUGAAACCAGUAUCAGCCAGUGUCAUGUGAAGCUCCAGAGCUGAGGGAGAACUUGAUCAGUGUGACCUGGCACAUGUAGCCUUCUGGGAACUUCUUCUUAAUCCAGAUUGUUAUUGUCUGUGUUUACUGUAACUGCAGGUCUCUCAGGUCAAAGAUAUCCAAUCCAACAACUGAAGAAUGUCUUAGCGAGGCCCUGCCAUGUGCACGCUUAAAAUGUCUUAAUCUCUUUUUUAUCUGAACAUAUAGUUUUCAGAUGCGACAAACUGUGAUGCUUUUAUGCUGAACUGUCUUCAAGGAGCCUCUUUUUCUGUCUUGUUUUCUUUUCUUUCUUUCUUUUUUUUUGCUUUGAUUUUGAUACUAAAACUGGGUUUUCGUAACAUCAGUUUAAAGGCGUUUAUUAAUUCUGUCUGCUAAAUGCGUUCAGGUCCUACGUUCUUUUGUAAACCUGGGCCUUCCACAAAUCAGCAUUGUAAGUGACUGUGCCACUGUGUGUCAGUGUGUAUUUGGUCUGUAAAUCUGAGAACUAGAAAUGUUAAUUCAUAAUAAAGUUUACAUUUUCGUAUGAUAGAAAUAUA